AUGGCAUCUUCGGAGGCUUCCGAAACAUCAUUCUUCAGCCUGAGUGGCGUCAGAGAGCGCAUGCGGGAGAAGAAAAAGGGUGCCUUGAGGACUGCGAAGUUGAAUGCCUCGCUUGCAUCAAAAAUCAAAACGAAAAUCAUUAACAACUCCUCCACUAUUAAAGUUUCCCUAAAGCACAACAAUAAAGCACUGGCCCUGGCCCUCAAUGCAGAGAAAGCCAAUGCACAGCGGCUCACCCAGGAGAAGACCAUCUUACAGACGGAGGUGGAGCAGUGCCAUUUCCAGAACGCCGUGCUGCGGCAUAAGCUCUCCUUCCUGAGUAAGACCUUGAAAGAACUUGAAAACGUUAUGGCUGCAGUUAAGAUGGCCCGGCUGUCUGAGUUCCAUACGAAUUCUGCAUCCUUGAGCAGCAUGACUGAAGAUAGCUGGACUGAUGAUAUUGCAGAUGGUCAGCUUGUGAGGGCUGCAGGGAUGCCAAUGAGGGUGCCCAUUUCCAAGCCACGUGAUGCAGGACAGCAAGGUGGCCACUCCAGAGCAGUACAGACAUCCUCGCUAGAUUUUCAGAGACCUUCUUCUAACAAGCCCCUGGAAAUUGUGCCUGUUGUCUCCAAAGACACUUUGCCACCACAGCCUGCUGAGAAGCCUCAGUCCCACCAGGGAGAGAAUGAGAAGAAGCCAAUUGAAGCAAUGGAAGCACAAGAGGCUUUUCUUGACUCUCAUGUUUUUGGAGAGGCCUUGUGUGCCACCCAACAAAAUCCCAACAAUUUUCCAGCGCUUGCCUGGGAAAGUCAUCUUGUUUCACAUGAGGACGAUGAGAUGGCAAAAUAUUUCUUUGAUCGUGUCUCCCAGGGGCAUGUUACUCACAGGAAAAAGAGUUCCACCCUGUUUGCAACAAGCACUCCGUCUUCUGGUGUGGGUAUCUCCCCAUCUGUCAGCUCCACUCGAGCAGCUUGGUGGAGUAUCACAAAGGACAGCAGCAGCUCCAGCAAAAGCAACACACAGCCACAGCUGAGACCUCCCAGCUUCCUGGUUUCAUCUACUCAAACCACUGUUAUUCCUGUUAGAAAAUCUUUGGGUGAAGAGACUUUCUGUGAUCAGCCACAGGCUAAAGAAACUGGGUGUGAUGUUGAAACAGAGCCCAGCUAUAGCCAAGUCCCUGAGUUUGUUCCUAUAAAGGUUAAAAGCAAAGGUAACCGUAAAACUGGUGAGAAGACAACUGUUAAAAAAGGAAGCACAGGAAAAAGGAACACAAAUGCAGUUGAAAACAAUGCAGAAAGUAGUCCUGAUAUACCUCGAUAUGAUGAAAGCGCUCAAAAUGUGAAGAAGCCUCUUCAGCCAAAAGUUGCAAUGUGUUCUACGCAGCUGCACAGUCUUGGAAGUGGUGACUUACUGCAACAGGCUAAGAAGGAAGCUAUCUUUGAGAUAGAUACGGAGAGCUUGUCAAAAAGCCCAGUUCAUACCUUCUUAAGUCAUGAAGUUCCCUCAGAUGAUUCCAGUUUACAAAAUUUGCAUUUCUUGAGGAAAGAGUCUUCAAGUGCCUGUGCUUUGCAAGAGGACUCAAGUGUGAGCACAAAGAGCAUGAGACAGAAAACCAACAGAAAAACUAGAGUAAUUAGGCAAAGAGAUGACCCUGAUGAGGAGAAUCUGCCAAACAAUGUGAAAAUACCAGAGGCUAAAGCUGAACAGCCUAAAAGAAACCAGACAAGCAGGAAGACGACCAUCAGGAAAAGCAGUUGUAGUGAUCAGAGAAAUGAAGUUGAUGUUUUUGGGCCGUGUAUAGAUGUUCGAGGAGUAGCUAAGGAGAGCACAAAGGAUCCACCAGCUAAUCUUAAACGUAGCAGGAAAACUUAUGUUAUCCAUCCUUUGGAUCUUGCAGAAAACUUGGAUUCUGUCCAGGCAGAAUCUGAAGGGGGUGAAAUUGUACCUCCCAGGUAUAUUUGUGGGAGCAAAGCUAGCAAAAUCCCCAGACUUCAGGAGAUGGUAGCUCCUCAGAGGAAUAAAAAACAGACAGGGGGCCUUCAAGCUAAAGUUGACAACAAUGUGAAUGCUUUGAAAAAAGAAGCCUAUCCCAAACCAAAGCUUCAGAGCAAGAGGAACACUUCUAGACCUCCAGAGAGUGAUUCUCUGGCCAGACAAAGUGAUGGCGCCAAGGCGCUCACUGGAAGUUCAGCAGAACUUCCAUCCAAGGAAACUGUCCUGAUGGAGAAGUUCUCCUGCAUUACAGGUCUGCUGUCCGAGCCAGAUGGCUUCCUGAAGGAGAAGAUAGUGGAGAUAUCGCUUACAAAUAAUCUUAUGGACUUUUCAUACAGUCUUGAAUCCUCCUCUGUGACCUCUUCUGCAGCUUCGCCUGUCACCUCCAGGCUUACAGAUGUACCAGUUCCAAAGAGCUCAAGUACCGAGGGCAACAGAAUGCCAGAGAAAUCCUCUGUUUGGCCAGAAAGCUCCCUCAUAUUUAAAGAAAAGACUGCAGAAGAAAUACCUGGGAAAGGAAACCAGGUUGAGUCAAGUUCUCAGAGCUCACCUUCACAGGAACCUGAGAUCAGACCACUACAGGACUUGACCAAUGCUGGGACUUUGGCUUCCUCCAGCUCAGAAGUGUCAGGGCGCUCAUCCAGGCGGAAACGGGACCCAACCUGCUAUACAGAGCCAAAACUCAACAGGAAACUGAGGCGGGGUGACCCAUUUACAAACACAGAGUUCCUCUGCUCCCCUCUCUACAAAACCAUGAAGAAGAAAACUCCCAAAGCCAAGAAGAUGACCAAGGAGAUCAAAGAGGAAAAAGAAUGA